AUGAGCACGCAGAGCGCCGCCAGAUUUAUACAGCACCUUCUUUAUGGAAAACGGUUCUUCCCUUACUACGUCCACACGAUUUUGGGGGGACUGGAUGAGGAAGGUAAAGGUGCUAUUUACUCAUUCGACCCAGUGGGAUCCUACGAAAGAGAACAAUGUCGUGCAGGAGGAGCUGCAGCUUCUUUAAUUAUGCCAUUCUUGGAUAACCAAGUCAAUUUCAAAAACCAGAUGGACCCUGCAAGUGAUGGCAAAAAGCGUAAACCAUUACGUUUCCUUUCGUUAGAGGAAGUCAUACAAUUGGUGAGGGAUGCUUUCAGUUCGGCCACCGAAAGGCAUAUACAGGUUGGUGAUGGAUUGGAAAUUUUGAUUGUGACUAAAGACGGAGUGAGGACUGAGUAUUAUCCACUGAAGAGAGAUUGA